AUGGGAGUCUUGCAUGCAAAGGAACCAAAUAUACCCAAAGAUUAUCGAAUGUCACCUGAAACAUAUCCUUCAAAUCCAUUACAACCUGAAGUACCUCCACGUUCAGAUGUACAUGAUAAUUCUGGUCCAGCAGCUGUUGUCCGUACCAUUGAUUUGCAUCAAAGGAUUCGGGUAGACAAAGUUCAUAUCGACGGUCUUGUGAGAACGAAAGAUGACAUUGUUAAAGCUCAAGUGAUGGAUUUGUUCAAAGCUAAAGAUUUUCGCCAGGUUGUUGAUCAUGCUCAAACAGUUAGGAAUAAGUUGGAGUCUAUAGGUUGUUUUAAUAAAAUUGGAGUCAGUAUUGAUACGAGUAAGGGUCCAAAUGCAAGUCCAGACGGAGUUGAGGUAACAUUCAAUGUAAAAGAACUGAACCGUUUAAGUGGUGGAAUAAGUACAAUGAUUGGUAACAAUGAAGGUUCAGUUCUAAUCCAAGGAAAAGCUCCAAAUAUCUUUGGCCGUGGUGAGCGCUUACAAGCUGAGUAUUCCUACGGAUCAAGAAGUACAUCGAAUAUUAAUAUAUCAGCAGUGAAACCAUUUGUCGACAAUUGGCUGCAUACAAUACUAACAACAAGUGUGUUCAGUACAGCUACUGAUGUACCCUGGUCAGGUUACAAAGAAAAAGACAAUGGUAUCUUGAUUGACGUAGCUAUUGCACCGGGAGCUCUCAAGCAUAAUUUCCAAUAUGAGGCAACUUAUCGGAACAUAAUUGGUACCAAGGAUGCUACAUUUAGAGUCCGUGAACAGUGUGGUCCGAGUCUUAAGUCAUCUUUGAGGCAUAUUUGUUCAAUUGACAAGAGAGACGAUACGAUAUUUCCUACCGGUGGGAGUCAUGUUUCAUUUUCCACCGAAUUAGCUGGUCUGGGUGGUGAUACGGGAUUCAUGAAGUAUGAAUUUAUGCUACAAAGUAACUGGACGCCGCUUGAAUUUUUGACAUUUCAACUUGGAGCACAAGCUGGAUUCUUGCGGGAAAUAAGUAAUGAUUUACAAGUAAAUAUUUCUGAUUUAUUUUUCCUGGGUGGUCCAAUGAAUAUUCGUGGCUUUCCACGCCGGGGUUUGGGGCCUCACUGUGACAACUAUGCAAUGGGAGGCAAUACAUUCUGGGCUUUAGCACUUCAUCUUUAUACUCCGCUGCCUUUUAGACCGGGGAAAAAUAGUUUUGGUGAUUUAUUCAGGCUACAUGGCUUUAUCAACGGUGGUAAUUUAGGAAAUGUUAGUUUUCAAAAAGAUGGUGAUUAUUCCGACUACUCAAAAAUAUUCACAGAAAACGUACGAUGGUCAGCCGGCGCAGGAAUAGCGAUGAAGCUCGGUGGCAUAGCAAGAAUCGAAUUAAAUCUCGUAAUGCCUUUAAUGAUGGGUAGACAUGACAUGUUCCAACAGUAUCAAUUCGGAAUCGGUGUCCAAUAUUUAUAA